CGGACAAAAAAAGUUAACAGCAACACGCUGCUUUUGGAUACGUACACAUACGCACCCACAACCGGUUGUUGAUACAAGACACAUAACAUACUCAUAGUAUAUACACCAUGGCAGCACAAGCAGCUAAACUCUUGGAAUCCGUAGGCAAGCUCGGCCUUGCCGUCGCCGUAGUUGGUGGUGUUGGAAACAGCGCUCUAUAUAACGUUGAUGCUGGUCAUCGUGCGAUCAUCUACGAUCGAUUUUCGGGUGUGAAGCAGAAAGUGCACGGAGAGGGAACCCACUUUAUUGUGCCCUGGCUACAAAGACCUAUCAUCUUCGACUGCCGAACUCGACCAAGGAACAUCUCCACGUUUACUGGUUCCAAGGAUUUGCAGAUGGUCAACAUAUCUCUGCGUAUCCUGCACAGACCCAAAGAAGCCUCACUUCCCCGCAUAUACUCCGAGAUCGGUGUAGACUACGAUGAGCGAGUGCUGCCAUCCAUUGGAAACGAAGUUCUGAAGUCCGUUGUGGCCCAAUUCGAUGCUGGAGAGCUUAUCACACAGCGUGAGUUGGUAUCUCAGCGUGUGCGUUCUGGUCUUAUCCGCCGUGCGGCCGAGUUCGACAUCGCCUGUGACGACAUUUCCAUCACGCACUUGACUUUCGGACGCGAGUUUACCCAAGCCGUAGAAAUGAAGCAGGUCGAACAACAAAAAGCCGAGCGCGCGCGUUUCGUUGUAGAGAAGGCUGAACAAGAGCAGUUGGCUGAGAUUAUCCGUGCUGAGGGUGAUUCCGAGGCUGCCCGCCUCAUCUCAGGGUCGCUUGCUAGGAACGGACCCGGUCUAGUUGAAAUGAGGAAGAUUGACGCAGCCGUAGAGAUUGCCAGCACUCUGUCUCGCAGCAGAGGCGUGGCGUAUCUUCCGGGCAACAACAACAUGCUGCUCAACAUCGGUGCAUAAAUAUAGUAUUCGCUGCAGAAUCAUACACGGUGGAGUGAUGAUAGCGUGGCUAAUUCGGUGUCGGGUGUUAUGAGGAGCUCGGGUUGCAACAUAGACAUGUGUUGGAUAUAGCCCCGAGGCAGCGGCUGGUCCUGGCCUGGUUCAGCUUGCCUGAUGCUUAGAUUAGUGGACUGUGUCGGGGCCUCAAUCUCUUGUCUAUGCUUGCAGAUGAUGGAUUUUUUAGGAACAAGUUUGGCAUCGGCUACUGCCCGGAAAAGAUUCUAUAUGCAGGAGAAUUUCAGUUGGAGAUUGAGCAGCUUGGUGUCUGUCCAGAAGACUAACAUAUCAUUGCGCCAAGCGUCGUCUCUUUAUACUUUCAGACGAAGGAAGAUGAUAGAUCGAAUUUAAAUAAACAUCUCAUUAGACAAACCAGGCGAUA